AUGGGUCCUGCUCUGCUCCUGCUGCUCACCACAGCUGGUGCCUGGCACGGCUCAGCAUCCCCAGUGAUCAGCCCUGAGCUCCCUGCUCUGGUUGUCAAUGCAGGUGACCCAGUCAGCUUGCACUGCUCAGGAGAGUCAGAAGUGGAAUGGAAAAACCGAAGGGGUGCACUCAGCAACCACACCAGCAGCACUCUCACUAUCCUCAAGGCCAGUUACAGGGACACUGGCACCUAUCUGUGUGCUUAUGUCAACAGCAGUGACAAGGGCAUUGCAGCUGUGCACGUGUUUGUGAGAGAUCCCAACAACGUGUGGUACACCUCGACCUACUGGAUCGUAGCGACCAGAGGAGGUGAUGCUGAGCUCCCCUGCCUCAUCACAGCUCCUGAGUAUGGCUCCAGUGUGACUCUCAUAAGGGAUGACAGCUCUCAGCUCUCACCUGGGACCAACUAUUCAUUCAGUGCUGAGAAAGGAAUAACACUGCACAAUGUGCAGAGCCAGCAGAAAGGCCACUACAGAUGCCAAGCAGUCAUCAAUGGAAAAACACAGAGGUCCCCAAGAAUGAGACUGAUCAUUCAAGAAGGACCAGAGAAGCCUGUGUCAGUGAUGAUGGACCCCAUUGACCACGUGAGGAUUGUGGGUGAACCUUUCAAAGUCACCUGCAGAGUGACUGCUCCUUCCCACAAGUAUGACAUCAGAUGGGUGACAGCAGCAAAGAAUGUCAGCAGAUCGACAAACCCUAGCUCUGACCUUGACAAAUACUUCAUCAAUGACACCCUGUUGGUUCCAGCAGUGACCAUGGAGGACAGUGGGAGGUACAUUUGUGUAGCCAACAACUCUGGAGGCUUCAGGAACGCCUCAACAACGCUGCGGGUGGUAGACAGAGGUUACGUGCUCCUGACCCCAGUGCAAGCCACCAGCCAGGAGGUUGCCUUGGGAGAGAGUCUGAAGCUGCAGGUCCACGUCGAGGCUUACCCAAAACUACUCAGCUGGGGCUGGGAGCACACAAACCCCUUGAAGGACUCUGGAAACAGCCCAUACAAAGGCCAGCUGACCUCUGGAAACAACUGGUACAACUCCACACUCUUCCUGACCCGCCUGCAGGACGGAGAGGGAGGCCUCUACACGUUUUAUGCCCUCAACAAUGAGACCAAUGCUUCAGUGACCUUCAGUGUCUCUAUGAAAUAUCCUCCAAGGGUCUGCAAAAUCAAGGUGCCAGCCAAUGACUCCAGCACCCUUCAGUGCACAGCCAUUGGCUACCCUGCCCCACGCAUUGAGUGGUACCACUGCCCUCUGCACUCUGACAGGUACAACAAGGACUAUAGCUUGUUACUGAAUGACUCAAGUCCCCAGGUGGUAAACGUGUUGCCCUUCCAGGAGGUGGAGGUGGAGAGCAUUGUCCCGUUCCAGGAGCUGGGUGCUAAUUUCACCUUCUGCUGUGUGGCCAUUAACAAAGAGGGGAAUGCUUCUGACAUGUUUCACUCACUCACCAUCACCAGAAGUGUCAUGGUCCCUCCAAACAAGCUCUUCAGCCCCAUUCUCUCCACCUGCAUAGGCACAUCGGUCCUGCUGCUCCUCCUACUCCUCUUCCUCCUCUACAAGUACAACCAGAAACCCAAGUACCAGGUGCGGUGGAAGAUCAUCGAGGCCUGUGAAGGGAAUAACUACAUCUUCAUUGAUCCCACUCAGCUGCCCUACAAUGAAAAAUGGGAAUUCCCCAGGAAUAACCUCCAGUUUGGAAAAACUCUUGGAGCAGGAGCCUUUGGAAAAGUGGUAGAAGCCACUGCUUUUGGGUUGGGCAAAGAAGACUCUGUCCUCAAAGUGGCUGUGAAGAUGCUAAAGUCAUCAGCAGACACAGAUGAGCAGGAGGCUCUGAUGUCUGAGCUGAAGAUCAUGAGCCACUUGGGACACCAUGAGAACAUCGUUAACCUGCUGGGGGCGUGUACCUCUGGAGGCCCGAUCCUCGUCAUCACCGAGUACUGUCGCUAUGGAGACCUGCUGAAUUUCCUGAGGAAGAAGGCUGAAUCCAUCAUUACCCAGGAUUCUGCCCUGGACACUUCUUUAGACAGCUCUGUUGAUUACAAAAACAUUGAUGUGGAGAAGAAAUACAUCCGCAGUGACAGUGGCUUUUCAAGCCAGGGUGUGGAAACAUACGUUGAAAUGAAACCAGUGUCAUCAGCAUCAUCAUCCUCAGCAUCAUCAGAUUCUGCACAAGCCAGAGGGCAAAGCUCAGAGGAAGAUGAUGAAGCCAGGGAGGAUCUUCGACCCCUCAAUCUCUCUGAUCUGCUACAUUUCUCCAGCCAGGUGGCCCAGGGCAUGGCCUUCCUUGCAUCAAAGAAUUGCAUCCACCGUGACUUGGCUGCCAGGAACGUGCUCAUCUCAGAGGGUCGGGUAGCCAAGAUCUGUGACUUCGGCCUGGCCCGCGACAUCAUGAACGACUCCAACUACGUUGUGAAAGGCAACGCUCGCCUGCCCGUGAAGUGGAUGGCCCCAGAGAGCAUCUUUGACUGCAUUUACACGGUGCAGAGUGAUGUGUGGUCUUAUGGCAUCCUGCUCUGGGAGAUCUUCUCCCUUGGUAAAAGUCCCUAUCCUGGCAUGGUGGUGAACAGCAAGUUCUACAGCAUGGUGAAGCAGGGAUACCAGAUGGCCAGGCCUGACUUUGCUCCCUUGGAAAUGUACAGCAUCAUGCAGGCAUGCUGGAGCCUGGAGCCCACACGGAGACCCACCUUUGACCAGAUCAGCUGCUUCAUUCAGAAAGAACUUGAGGAGAAUAAGGAACAGGACUACACCAACCUGCCCUCCCCUGCUGAGGAGGACAGUGGCUGUGACACUGGCUGCUGCGAGGAGACCUGCGAGCAAGAGGACAGCGGCCAGCCCCUUCUCAAGAGCAACAACUACCAGUUCUGUUAG